UAGAACAUUUAUGAUUUUUUUGUGAAGUUGGAGGAAACCUGGAGAAUGGAGAAUGUGGGAAAGAGGUGAAGAAGCGAGUGCAGGCAGGUUGGAAUGGGUGGAGAAAUGGGAAUGGGAGUUCUCUUCCCUUCAGGGGUCUCCACAGUGAAUCAUCUCUCUCCACCUAUCCCUAUCUUCUGCAUCCUCAACACUUACACCCACUAGCUUCAUAUCCUCAUUUAUUCCAUCCAUAUACCUCCUCUUUAGCCUUCCUCUUUGCCUCCAGCCUGGCAGCUCCAUGUCCAACAUUCUCCUACCAAUAUACUCACUCUCCCUCCUCUGAACAUGUCCAAACCAUCUUAAUCUGGCCUCCCUAACUCUGUCCCCCAAACGUCCAACGUGAGCUGUCCCUCUGAUGUACUCGUUCCUAAUCUGUGUCACUCCCAGAGAGAACCUCAACAUCUUCAGCUCUGCUACCUCCAGCUCUGACUCCUGUCUCUAGUGAAGAGUUUAUUACUAGUUACCUAAAAGGCUGUAUUUGCACCUGGGAUCCACCACAACCCUGAUGAGAUGAGGAUGAACGAAAGACUAAUCUUUCUGUUAUGAUUUUAUUUUGCGUUGAUCUAUAUUAGGCAAAAAUGAAUUUAUUAAAGAUGCUAGAAGCCAGCUCCACUUUCUCAAGCCCUGACCUUCAUGGAACAUCUGUAGGUCUCCGAUCGCCGAGGCCGUCUUCAGGAAGAUGGCCACAGACAGUGGAGUGGUGGACAAGUGGAGGAUAGACAGUGCGGCCACCUCCACCUACGAGAUCGGGAACCCUCCUGACUAUCGUGGUGCAGCCUGCAUGAAGAAGCACGGCGUGCCCAUGCGCCACGUGGCGCGGCAGGUGACGAAGGAGGAUUUCGCGACGUUCGAGUACAUUCUCUGCAUGGACGAGAGCAACCUGAGAGAUCUGAACAGGAAAGCGAACGGCGUAAAGAACUGCAAAGCCAAAAUCGAGCUGCUCGGCUCGUACGAUCCUGAGAAAAAGCUAGUUAUUCAAGACCCCUACUAUGGAAGCGAGAAGGACUUUGAGACGGUGUAUGAGCAGUGUGUACGGUGCUGCCGAGUCUUCCUGGAGAAUAACUCUUAACACACACACACACACACACACAGGCACCCAUAUAGACAUUUUAUCCUGCCACAUGUGUGAUGAGUAUUAUAGUAUGAAUAACUAAUUGCACUAAUGGGUUUCGCCUUCACACACACACACACGGAUCUGUGUAAGAGAGAUGUCUUAACUGGAAGUUUGUUUGACUGUGGUUUCUGUACCUCUUCAUGUGAAGAGCAGGAGAAAAAAACACCACCACAAUAAACCCGAUAAGACGUAAAUAAUCCUGGCG